UGAAUGAUUGUAUCUCUUAAUUUCAGAUCAAUAAUAAAAUAAAAAUAAAAAUGGAUCACACCAGUUUAUCCAAGCUUCAGGAAGGGGUGAAUAUGAAAUUAGAGGAGAACAGGGAGAGAGGAAGAAAAAUGUUGGAUCAUCUAAAUGCAUACAAAAAAUUAGAUAGUCGACUGUCGACCCUUCCUGACAAACUAUCUCAUGAUGUAAUGGUUCCUUUCACAACAAAGGCUAUGAUGCCUGGUAAACUUGUGAAUUCGAAUAAAAUAAUGGUUCUGCUUGGAGAAAACUAUUUUAUAGAAACAAGUGCUAAAAAUGCCCGGGAGAUAUGUACUAGAAGAAUACAGGCCUGUGAUAAGUUACUACAUGAACUCGCUCAAGAAAUGGAACUGGUGGAAGGAUGGAAAAACCAGACUAGUCAGCUGCAGGAGGAAGGGGAGAAGUGUACAGAUAUCAGGGAGGAGUAUACAGAAGAACAGUUGAAAGAGUGGAGAGAGAAACACUUGGAAAGCGUGCGACGGGAAAAGUUGAUGAAAAAGGAAGAGGAAAAGAAAGAGGAAAAGAAAGUAGAGGAUGAGGAAAUCUGGAAAAGAUUAGAGGAGCUAGAGGUCAGAGAAGCGUUGGAAAAAGAAUGGGAGGAGGAGGAGGAUGAUGAUGAUGAUUUUGAUGAAGAUGAUGAUGAGGAUGAUGAGACUGAUGAUGAAGAAGAUGAUGAUGAUGAUGAUGAUGAUGAUGAUGAUGAGGCUUAUAACAGUGGAGCUGAGGCUGCCAAGGAUGAUCUUGAGCUGCAGCGAAGAGCUGAAAUAACAAGAAGAGUUUCAUUUGGAAACCUACAUCCACCCAAGGAAACUAAACAGAUAAUAUUUCAGCAUUCACAAACCCAAUCCGAGCCCUGUGAUAACCAUGAGCAAGGAUAUCCAUCCCAUCCUGGAGAUAUCUUAUCCUUAGUUCCUCUAGAACCCAGAUCCAUUCUUAAACUUCCAGAGAACUUUGAUCCUGCUGCAUUUGUGAGACCUGAACCUGAUCCUGUACCUGCCAGAGAACCUGAAGCUCCGUUUAUCAACCCCAUCAGCACCUUAGUGGUAGAGAAGAAAGCUGUUGCUCCUGAACCAGCUCCAUCAGAACCAGAGAAGCGUGUCAGCAAGUUCAAGACAAUGCGGAUGAAUAAAUGAUUGUUUUUUUCAAAUCAAGAAUAUAUCACAAAAGAAAGUUAUAUUUCCAGA